AUGAAAUUUGAACUUGAGAAAUUCUUAGAAAAUUUUUCUAAAAUGUUAGUUUUGCUAGGAAAUAGUAUUUAAGGAUUAUGGUGGAUAUAUUCGGCUGCAUUUUCAAGAGAAUCAAUAAAUUAUAGGUUUUUAAUUUUUUCUUCAGCAAGUCUAAUUAUGAGGAUGUUUUAGUAUUUUUUAAUUGAAAGAAUCUAAAAAAUGAAUGUAGCUUUACACAUAUGGUCCCUUAUAUUUUAUGUAGUUUCUUUAGAGUCUCUAAUUUUAUCAGAUAAUUAAAGUUCAUUAACUAUUUUAUCUAAUAGUUUAAUAAUUGCUAUAGCCUAUUUAGAUUAUAUAAAAACUGCAGUGUAGAAAUAAAGUUCAAUAUGUAUCAUAGGAUUGCCUUUUUAUUUUUUGUUAAAUAAUAUACUUCAAAUUGCAAAUUUAACAAGUUUAGACUCAUUAGAAAGCAUUAUUAUAAUAUUUGUUGUUUUAAUAAACUAAAUAAUUAAAUAUUAACUUUAAUAUAAUUUAAAUACUUAAAAUAAUCACAUAGAAUAGUAAAUAAUAAAAAAAUAAGAUAAUCAAGCUUCGCCAAUAUUUGAAAACUGUUCAAUGCAUUCUUAAGCAAAAUCAUAAUAAAGAAAUUCAAUUAUUAAUACUCCUAAAUAAUGUUUUACUACUUUAUUAAAAGAUCUUCCAAAUGAAGAAAAAUUGAAAUAAUAUUCUAAUAUAACAAGUUUCUCAAAAUCAUUAAAAUUUUAUAAAAGUUUGGGAAGCUCUGAUCAUUCAAAAUUGUAUUUAUAUUAAAGUCUGAUAAAUUUGUUUCCAUCUGGAAUAAUGAUAUUAAAUUAGGCUUAAUAAGUAAGUUAUAUAAAUAAUAAAUGUGAAAAAAUAUUGGAGUGUUAUGGAAUGUAGGCAGUGUUAGAGAAAGUAAAAUCGUGUGUAAAUGAUGCAAAGUUACCAGAUAGUGAUGGUGAAUAAACAAAGAAAUAAUAAUAAAAUCAAUCUCAUUAUAGAAUUUUAUCAUAAAUAGUAAAGAAACUUUAAGAAAAAGAACUUCCUAUAGAUAUAUUAGAUAUAAUACUUUCACCUUAAAAAUAUUUUGCUAUGUUAGAUUAAUAGUAGUGUGAUAUAAAGAAAAGUAAGUAUUCACAUUAAUCAUUUCAAUAGCAGAUUUUUAUUUAUGAAUGGCUUAUGAAAUCUUAGAUUAAACAUAAAAAUUCGUAAAAGAAAUUAAAAUUAAUUAUCAUACCGACUUCAAUGACUAAUUAAUAAUAAGAUUACUUCUCAGCACCUUCUUAAGAUAAAUCUUCAAGUCAUUUCUCAUUUAGUAAUGAUUAAGAGAGUUCUGUUUUACUUAUAAUUAUUAAAAAUAUUACUCAUAAAUACAAAUGCUAAUAAUUAAAAGAUGAAUAAAUUAUUCAUCAUAGUCUUAUUAAAUCCUUUUCUCAUGAAUUGAGAACUCCAUUGAAUAGUUGUUAAUAGAUGUUGAAUUUGAUGAAAAUUUAAGAUUCCUCUGAUAACUUUCAGGAAUAUAUAGAUAUUGCUUAAUGCUCGAUUUCUUUAUUAAUUCAUUAAAUAAACGAUAUUUUAGAUUAUGCUUCAAUUUAAUCAGAUUAAUUUUCAUAUCAUAUUACUAUCUUCACUCUUAAUGAAAUAUGUGAUGAAAUUGAACAUUUAUAUAAAUUAUAAAUGAAACAAAAAAAGAUUGAAUUUAAAAUUCAAAUUACAGAUACUUUAAUUGGUAAAGUAGUUUAAAAUGAUAAGCAGAGAAUUAUAUAAUUAUUAGUUAAUAUUUUAAAUAAUGCAAUCAAAUUUACAUAAGAAGGAGGAUGUAUUAGUCUAAAAAUUAUUGAAGGUGAUCUAUUUAGUGUCAUUUUCAAAAUAAAAGAUAAUGGGAUUGGAAUAGAAGAGAGUAAAUUAAGUUAAAUUUAAAAUAGUAUUCAUGAUACCAUAGAAUUUGGAGCUGUAUUAAAGUCUCAUUAAGAAUCAAGACAAUAAGGUUUGGGUUUAAAUAUUGCAGCAAAAUUGGUUUAGGGUUUAAUUCAAUCUUAAGAUAAUCAAUUAAUUAUAAGUUCUAGAAAAAAUUAAGGAACUGUUGUUUAGUUUAAAAUUUAAAAUCUCUUAUAAAAUAAUUUAUUAUAAUCACACUUAUUCACUUUAUAAAGUGUAAAAAAUAAUUCAUAUGUUGAUUAAUAUGAAUUUAAAGAAAAUAAACUCGAUGAUAGUAAAUUAAUUAAAUAAAAUGAUUCUAAAAUUUCAUUUGAAAGAGAAAAUUAAGAUUUGAAAUCAGAGUCUUAUAAAUAUACACCAAGAUUGAAUGAUUUUGAAGAAUAACCAGAAAUUUAUUUGCCCAUUAGUCCUUAAUAUUUUUCAGAUAAAUAAAUAGAGUAUUAAAGACAUCUUCUAAAUUAAUAAGAAUCAAUUUUCUCUAAAAGAUAGAACUCUAUUUGCAUAAAAUGCAUUCAUGUAUUAAUUGUUGAUGAUAUACCAUUUAAUCAAAUAGCUUUAAAAAUGAUUCUUAAAAAAUUUAAUAUUGAGGCUGAUUCAGCAUUUAAUGGAUUUUAAGCAAUAGAAAAGGUUAAAUAAAAAUUGACCUAACAUUGUUCAACAUAUAAAUUAAUAUUUAUGGAUAUUGAGAUGCCAGGAAUCAAUGGUUUUCAAACUAGUAAAUAGGUAUAACUUAAUAUAAUUAGAUCCUUGAGUUGAUAUCAAAAAAGUUGAUGAUAGUUAUUUGUUCAGCAUAUGACACAUAAGAAAAUAUUUAUGAAGGCCAAAAAUUAGGAAUCACAACCUUUCUUCAAAAACCUGUCAAAUAAGAUGAUUUAGAAGUAGUAUUAAAAAAAACUUUUUAAAAUGAAACAAGUUGCACAUGA